UUUAUUUACUCUAAGCCGUCGUUAGUUAUUCUCCAUACAACAACCAACAACGUACACACAUAUGUAUCAUGGAUUGGUUUCUACAACUACCUCCUAGAUCGUCUUUGUCCUUGAUAUCGAGCGAAGAGACUCCGAGACAACAAUAAAAAGGAAAGGAGAGAGGGGUAUUGGUAUUUCCGGAGCAACAAUGGAGUCACCGCCGGAUAGUCCCGUCGCGCAGAACGCCCAGGCCUCGCCCGAAGAACGGGCUUACUUCCCCGCGGGGCCCAAGUCCCUCGAGGGCAUCGCGAUCCGGUCCUUUUGCCUCGGCAUAGCGCUCGCCUUGUCCGCCGUCGCUACGGUUUCGAUAUUGGUAUUUACGUCGUCGCCGCUGUGGCGCGUGCCCUUCUUCGUCGGCGCGCUGGCGACGUUCCAUUUCCUCGAGUUCUGGACUACGGCCAGGUACAAUACUCCGGUCGCGAAUGUCGGCUCGUUCUUGCUGACGGCGAAUUGGCCGGCUUAUGCUAUCGCGCAUGCGGCGGCGUCGCUCGAAUGUCUCUUUACUAAGCUGCUGUUCCCGAAUCGGAAUUGGGCACCGCUCUAUAGUGGACAUAUCAUCUUGCUGUUAGGAUUCGUACUGGUGUUUGUGGGGCAGUUCGUCCGCAGCGCGGCCAUGGGCCAGGCGGGCCAGUCGUUCAAUCAUACCAUCCAGCAGCGCAAGAAGGACUCCCAUACCCUAGUUACCUCGGGUAUUUACUCGUUUCUGCGCCAUCCGGCAUACUUUGGGUUUUUCUACUGGAGCAUAGGAACGCAAAUGGUUCUGGGAAAUCCCAUCUGCUUUGUAUGCUAUACGGUUGUCCUAUGGAAGUUCUUUUCGAGUAGAGUAAAGCAUGAAGAGGCAUUGCUGGUCCGGUUUUUUGGGGAGGAAUAUAUAAAUUAUAAGAGCAGAGUUGGAACCAUGAUACCAUUUGUUGGAACCUGAGUACCUAUGCAGUCUACCAGGGGGGAGGGGGGAAUGGUCUUCGGGCUGGUACCUAACUAUUCAGGAUGCUAUACCGUAUACUUAGGUACCGUAACUUGAAAAUAAGACUUUCGAGAAAGACCAAAUAACAAACUCAAAAAUCC